AUGUCGGACUCGACUACCACACCAACACAACACAAGGCUCUCGUCUAUGACAACCCUGGCCAUAUCUCGACAAAGGUGGAAUAUGUCGACACCCUCACACCCGGCGUGGGCGAAUUGUUGGUCAAGCUCACUCAUUCCGGCAUGUGUGCCAGCGACAUGUCUGUGAUGACAAACCAGUGGCACCAUAUGGCGCCGACGCCCAAGGGGCAGAUUGGUGGCCACGAGGGCGUGGGUGAGAUCGUGGCUUUUGGGCCUGGCGCUGCCGAGAUCUCGAAUCUGAAACUGGGGAGUCGCGUUGGGAUCAAGUGGAUGGCGUAUACCUGUGGCAACUGUGUCUUGUGUUUGGCGGGUCUGGAUUCUUGGUGCGAAACGGGAAAGGUCUCGGGGUAUCUCUAUCCUGGAACUUUCCAGCAAUACGCCAUUGCACCGGCACAUUAUGUCACGCCCAUUCCUGAUGCGGUGCCGAGUGAGAUGGCCGCGCCGUUACUCUGCGCUGGGUUGACUGUCUAUGCGGCUCUGAGGAAGACGGGCUGUGAGCCUGGUGACUGGGUGGUUAUCCCCGGAUCCGGUGGUGGAUUGGGUCACCUGGCGCUUCAAAUCGGCGGGAAAGGGAUGGGAUUCCGCAUGAUGGGGAUAGAUAUGGGCGACAAAGAGCAGUUUUCUCGCGAAUGCGGCGCUGAAGAGUUCUUCGACGUCUCCAAAUAUGGUGGAGACAGCACCGCCAGCCUGGCGGACGAUGUGAAGAGAGUGACGGGGGGAAGAGGCGCCUCAGCCGUUGUCGUCUGUACGGCUAGCAAUGCUGCUUACGCCCAAGCAUUGAACUUCAUCAGAAUCGGCGGGACCGUCGUCUGCGUGGGCAUUCCCGAAGGCGAAGAGGUCCCGAUCCCCAAUGCCACACCGACCAGGGUAAUCUUGAGUUCUGGCCGGAUGGUGGGGAGCUCGGUCGGAAACAGGCUCGAGGCUAUACAACUCCUGGACAUGGCUGCAAGAGGAGUUGUCAAGACGCGCUUGAGGCUGGAGAAAUUGGAAAAUGCGACUGAGCUGUUUGAGCUGAUGAGACAGAACGCGCUGCAGGGCCGGGUGGUCUUUGAUCUGCAGAAUUGA